AUGAAACCAGAGUCACAUACAAUUUGUCUCGGAGUUGCAUCUGCAAGCUCCCAGUCCAUAUCAAGGAGUAGUGACUUGAAUAGAUUAAUAAGUGGUGGAGGUGUUUUGAUGGGAGCAGGUGGUGGUCAUGUCCCCAUUUAUGGAGACUACCUCAUUCCAACAUGCCGGCUGCAUUCCUAUGCCAAUAAGCUGGGUGAAUGUAGCAAUUGCCACGAGAUCGUCGGGGUAAAAUGCAGCCUGAGGAGCAAUGAGCUUGCUGACAUGUGUAUGGCCUUGAGCCCCUUACCUAAGCAUGAUAUUGGUGAAGUCAAGGACAGGUUGGCCAUCACUACCUCGAAGGAAAUGACAAAUGACUUUUUUCUGGCCACCAUGUCUAUUACCUAUCUACAGAAAUUGGAAACACAUGUGCAAUUGCUUGGCCUAUGUUUGAUUCAGUCUGAGGAUAUUCUAUACAAUUGCCCCACAAGGAUGCUCGACUAUGGCAUCAGCUGUUGUCUGUCGGUUGACAUGGGGUGGGAUAUAAUUCAAGGCCUGUACAACGUGGUGAAGGAAGAUGCUACAGGAGAUGUGCAUGAAGAUGCGGAUGGUGUGCCAGGUGUCUCAGCACCUAGCCUUUCUGGUCCACAACCAGGGGGAAAUAUGAGACUUGUGCUUAAAAGGACUGGUAGCAAGCUACUAGCAGCAUCUUGGAUCUUUGAAUUGAACCAAGAAAUGCAGCAGGGAGGUGGUAAUGGACUUGGAGUUUGUUUUCGAGAGGAGUUUUCUGUACCUCUAGAGCCCUCCAGCAUGCCAGCAUGGAGCUAUCUAUCUUCUCUUAUCACCAGGGAGCGCAUCAUUGCACAUAACCUCAAAGAUUGGAUUCAACAUUGUGGCAUCAUUUGGGAGUGCUUCUGUGCUCUUGUGACUGAGCAACUAUGUUUUAAAAUUGAUUCCUCAGUGAACCUUAGUGAGGCUCGAGAGACUGCCCUUCUCGAGUCUACAUAUACAAACCACCUCAUGCAAGCAUUACAUGUACCAUCAGUGCGACAACAGAUCCACUGUCCAUCUGCUAAUGUGAAUGUUGGGAGCAGUUCUGUCCUCAUUGACGAACUAGCAAGUUUGUCAAUGACAGAGCAAGGAAUACUACACCCACUUGCAGAGGGCAGAGGUGUCACCUGGUAUGAUGGUAUCGGUUUACUGGAGUCAUGUGGAAGCUGCCAGCGGGUGUUUGCAGCGAGUGCACUGUGGACCCACAUCCUGACCUGUGCAGCAAGUUAA